UCGACGGGUUGCUUCACGUCACCUCACACCAAGUCACGUUGUCGUUCUGUCGUCACGUCGUCAGGUCACCGCAUAUCACCACGGCCAAUCAACGUGAAGUGCUGCGAUUGAUAAACCAUGGACAAGCUAUGAGGACUUGGCUGCUUAUCUGGUCCCUUGUACUUCUACCAACAGUGUGGAGCGUGGCGCUUGACCUACAGGGUCCCGUGUUCCUGGUGGAGCCUCCACACAGGGUGGAGUUCUCGAAUAGCACCGGAGGCCGGAUAGACUGCACGGCACACGGAAGUCCCCUGCCACACAUCGAAUGGACGCUAGGUGACGGCACGCCCGUUCUGCCGAUAGCCGAGCUGCGUCUCAUCUUCCAGAACGGAUCUCUCGUGUUUCCGCCGUUCAUGUCCGACCAGUACCGACACGACGUGCAUACGACCGUCUACCGGUGUCGUGCCCGCAACCCUGUCGGACAGAUACUCAGCCGGGACGUGCAUGUCAAUGCCGUUGUAAAGCAAAAGUACGAAGUCCAAGUUUAUGACGAGUAUGUGAUAAGUGGAAACACCGCUGUGCUGAGAUGUCAAGUUCCGAGCUAUGUUACGGAUUAUAUCAUGGUUACAUCAUGGGUGCAGGAUGGGAUUAUAAAUAUUUACCCAAACACCGACACCGGUGGAAAAUAUACGGUGCUUGGUAAUGGUGAUCUGUAUAUUUAUAAUGCGGGCCCAAGUGAUGGAUAUAAAAGCUAUGCUUGCCGCACUGUACAUAAAUUAAGCGGCGAUGUUCAUCCGAGCUCUUAUCCAGGACGUAUAAUAAUCACAGAGCCGAAAGGAAAUGUGCAGCCUCGAAUAACUGUAGAGAAGCAUAGCCGCAAACAAGUGAGAGUUGGUGAUGACGUCACGCUACCUUGUGUCGCUCAAGGAUAUCCCGUUCCUACCUACAGGUGGUUUAGAGAGGAGAAGGAUCAGCUUUCUCCGGUGAGCGUGGGAGACAGGAUAUCCCUUGUUUCCGAAGGCCUACUUAGGAUAUCAAAAGUUCACCUCGAUGAUAGAGGAAAGUAUUUAUGCUGGGUCAACAACUCUGCAGGUGAAGAAACUGUGCAAGUGACUCUCACAGUAACCGCGCCUCUGAGCGCCCACAUCCAGCCCCAGAACCAAGUAGUGGACGUUGGCAAGAAGGCGUCCUUCCAGUGCAUCCCCGGCGGAUCGCCCGUCAGCCGCGUCGCGUGGUACCGCAACGGUCGCCCAGUCGCUAGCGACUCCCGCUUCCACAUCCUCAACAGCCCUGAGCGACUCACCAUCAUGCCGCUCUCCAAGGACGACCACGGCAUGUACCAGUGUGUCGUCUCCAACGACUGGGACAUGGCGCAGGCGUCCGCCGAGCUCCAGCUUGGAGAUGCUAGUCCAGAGUUAGUGUACUGGUUCUCAGAGCAGACUCUGCAGCGCCCACCCCUCUCACUGAAAUGUGUGGCCACAGGAAAUCCCCCUCCACAGUUCAUUUGGACUCUGGACGGAUUCCCUGUACCUGAUCCUAGCAGGUUUCUGGUCGGUCAGUAUGUGACAAUUCAUGACGAUGUCAUCAGUCACGUGAACAUAUCAUCGUUGAAAGAGGAGGAUGGAGGCGAAUACACGUGCAUCGCUAAGAAUUCGGUUGCUCAAGUAUCUCAUAGUGCCAAGAUUAAUGUUUAUGGUCUUCCAUUUAUUCGUGUAAUGCCUAAAAUCACAGCUGUAGCCGGAAGUGAUUUGGUCGUGAAAUGUCCAGUUGCUGGUUAUCCUAUCGAGACUGUGACUUGGGAAAGAGAUGGUGUAGCUCUGCCAGUAAAUCGUAGGCAACGGGUGUACUCGAAUGGCACGCUGAUAAUUGAGCAUGUGCAGAGGCAAGCAGAUGCCGGCACUUACACGUGUCAGGCCAGGAAUCGACAGAAACACUCAGCUCGUAGGGAUGUCGAAGUGCAAGUACUUGUGCCACCGAAGAUCCUGCCGAUCCAAGAGAUGACAAACCUGUUGCGCGAAGGAAUGCGCGCCGCCAUUUCCUGCCAGAUCCUGGAAGGGGACUUGCCCGUCAGCUUCCGCUGGGAACGGGACGGGGUGGGGGGUCAACUGGGCCCUGGCACCACGACGAGGCGACUCGACGAGUACUCGACGUCGCUCGUCAUCGAACGCAUCAGCUCAAGUCACAGUGGUAACUACACCUGUAUCGCUCACAAUGUCGCCGGCGAGGAGCAUUUCACUGUGCCGCUCACUGUCAACGUACCUCCAAGAUGGACUGUAGAGCCUUCUGACGCGAACAUAGCUGCAGGUCAGGACAUAACACUUCACUGUCAGGCCGAUGGCUAUCCCAUUCCGACAAUCAUAUGGAAGAAAGCAGUCGGUGAUCAUCCAGGAGAAUACAAGGAUUUUUUAUACGAACCAAAUAUAAAUUUUUAUAGGAAUGGAACAUUGCAAUUUGUACAUAUCAAUAAAGAUAGUGAAGGACAUUACCUCUGUGAGGCGAAGAAUGAAAUCGGAACUGGGGUCAGCAAGGUUAUUUUUCUCAAAGUCAAUGCUCCUGCUCACUUUCCGCAAAAAUCGAAACAGAUGCAGGUUGAGAAAGGAGAUAGUGCUCAUCUUCAGUGCACCGCCCUUGGGGAUAAUCCAAUUGAAAUCAUGUGGAAAGUAGGUGGACAACGAAUAUCCGAAGACAUGGAUCAAAGGUACACAAUAAGGGAACAGAAGUUGGAUGAUGGAAUGGUAUCAGAGUUGGGAAUCACCCGAGCCUACCGGCAUGACACCGGUGUAUUCUCUUGUCAUGGCAGCAACUCCUAUGGACAGGACGAUAUGGCUAUUCAGCUGAUAGUACAAGAGGUUCCUGAGAUGCCAAAAAAUAUAAGAGUGAACGACCAACAGAGUAGAUCAGUGCAAUUACAAUGGACGCAGCCGUAUGCUGGAAAUAGUCCCAUCACCAGCUACAUUGUCCAAUAUAAACAUGCUAGAGAAUCGCCUUGGCCAACCGAGCCUGCAAAAGUAGUCGUUCCUGGAACACAUACUACUGCCACUGUUCAAAACCUGAGUCCGGAUACCACCUAUUAUUUGAGAAUAAUUGCUGAGAAUAGAUUGGGUUUGAGCGAGCCAAGUGAAGUCAUUCAAGUUUCAACCCAAGAAGAAGCGCCAACAGGAGUACCGCGGGAAAUCCAGGCGGAAGCACAUAGCUCUACUGAGAUCUCGGUGACGUGGAAGGCGCCGGCCAGGGAGUUGUGGAACGGCGACCUGCUCGGCUACUACGUCAGCUACAGCGAAAUGUCGCCGGCGACUGGGGCGGGCGAAGCGAGCACGACACCACAGAGCGUGAAGACGGUGGAGGUGUCAACCAGCGGUGGCUUGAAGUGGAGUGGCGAGGUUGUGCUACAGAGUCUCUCCAUGUACACGCCCUAUGUCAUCACUGUGCAGGCGUUCAACAGCAAGGGAUCAGGGCCUAUGUCGGAGCCCAUCCAAGCGCGUACUUUGGAGGGAGUUCCAAGUAUGGCGCCGAUGAAAGUGGGCUGCUCGGCGCUCACGUCUCAGAGCAUCCAGGUGUGGUGGGAGCCUCCUCCAGUCGAAGGUCGUAAUGGACCCUUGCAGGGCUACAAAGUCUCACAUCUCCCCGCUGAGGACUGGUAUGAGAAGGACGAUAUGGAGACAAAGGUAACAUCAGCUCUACAGACGUCCCUAGCAGGACUUAAGAAGUACACAAACUACAGUAUCACUGUGUUGGCUUUUACUGUCAGUGGAGAUGGUGUGAGAAGUUCGCCCAUACAUUGUCGCACUGAGGAAGAUGUACCAUCUCCACCAGCAGACAUAAAAGUAGCGAUGAGUUCACUGAAGAAGAUAAUCGUCUCUUGGCUGCCUCCUGAGAACCCGAAUGGAGAUCUAACCGGUUACACUUUCUACAUGGGCAUUGUCGAUGACGGAAAAGAGGCUAGUUCGGAAGGUACACACAAGAAAAUAUUGAGUUCCACGGCAGAAUCUCAUGAGACGGUUCGGCUGCAAGAGGAAGCCACUUAUCAGUUUUGGGUGACCGCUUCGACUAGCGUAGGCGAGGGAGAGAGCACACAAGUAGUCACCAUCACUCCUACCAAUAAAGUUCCGGCCAGGAUAACAUCAUUUAGCCAGCGAAUUCUUACACCAUGGAAGAGGAACAUCAGUCUUCUGUGUAGAAAAGUUGGAUCGCCUACUCCAAAUUUGGUCUGGAAACUCCACAACAAAACUAUCCAAUCUAACGGAAGACAUGAGAUAUCAAAAGAUGGAACUCUACACAUACGGGAUAUCCAGCAUAGCGAUAGAGGAAAUUAUACCUGUGAAGUGGAAAAUCAACAUGGAAAGGAUGGAAUUGUCUACAAUAUAAAUGUUAGAGUUCCUCCUGAGCCCCCUGUUCUUACGGUCGUGAGUACGGAUACUGACAGUCUUCAUCUCAAAUGGACUGAUAAGAUACAGAAUGAUAUUCCAAUUUUAGGUUAUGUAAUAAAUUAUAAGCGAGAUCACGGUGACUGGGAAGAGCUGCAGAUUGAGGCAAAAGUUGAUACGUAUGUUUUGCGCAACUUAUGGUGUGGCACCCGCUAUCAGCUGUACAUCACGGCAUUCAACAAAAUCGGCACUGGUCUACCGUGUGACAUUGUCAACACGUUUACCAAAGGAACAGCUCCGGUGAAACCAAAGGCCAGUCAGAUGUUGACGGUGAACUCAACCGCGGUGACGGUUUGGCUUGACGCUUGGGGCGACGGCGGCUGUCUCAUCCUCUACUUCAUCGUGGAGUACAGAGAGGAAGCUCGCGGCGAGUGGACACUUGUCUCCAAUCACGUGCAAUCCAACCAGCGAGUGCACACCAUUGGUGACCUGGCAUCCGCCACCAGAUACCUCCUCAAGGUCACCGCCCACAACAACGCCGGGUCCAGCAUCGCCAACUACAACUUCACCACGUUGACGCCAGAGGGCGCUACUAUAAUACCUGAUCUGCUAUCACCAGCAUCUCCUAACUCUGACCAGUCGAUUAUAUCUAGGUUCAAAUUCUUCAUGUUCAUCUCACUACUAGUUUGUAUCUCAUCAAUUGUCGGGACCAGUAUCCUGUUCUACAGGAGAAAACGUAAAAUGCUGCGACAAGGCGUGAUAGCUGAAUCAGCUUCAGUGGCUCAAUGCAGAACCAAAGGAACCGGGAUCAACAAUAUGCCGUUCACGGCAGUGGCCAGUCACAGGCUUUGAGCAUAGAUUCUAUCACUUACAAAACUGACUCAACAGAAUACAUAGAAGACAUCUGCCCGUAUGCUACAUUUCAGCUCUCAAAAACGCCUUUAUAGUGAGAGUUCAUACAGCGGCA